AGAGAUGGAUCCCAGGACAUCCCUCUACCUCGUGCUCAUCUUCAUUGCCUGGGGUGCCUGCUCCCAGGAGAACUGUCUCUGCGCCCGCGGCUUUUGUGACGAAGGCUGGGUGCAGUAUCAAGACUCCUGCUAUAAGGCUGUGAUGGAACCGACAAACUGGCACGAAGCUGAGAUGGCGUGUCAAAGCCACGGCAGGAAUUCCCAUCUGGCCUCCAUCCACAGCGCAGAGGAAAAUGACUUCAUCUUUCACCUGAUGGGCAAGCCGCUGGAUUACACUAAAGGGCAGGCCUACUGGAUCGGCGCACAUGACACUUUCAAGGAGGGGUCUUUCAUGUGGACGGAUGGUUCCGAAUACAAUUUCCGGACAUUUCCUGCAGACCAGCCCGAUGGUCUCCCGGGAGAAAACUACCUGGGCUCUUGGACCCUGGAAAACGGCUUCGUCACCUGGAACGACUAUGGCCCCAGCUGGUCCUUCCCGUUCGUUUGCAAAUACACCCUGCGGAACAGGGGCCCGGCAGUCAGCUGUCCAGUCACUUCCCCAGGGGCGAGUGGGGGGACUCAGACCCUGAACAGCUGGAUGGUCGGAGAGCAACAGCUGCUGACUGGGCACCCAGCUCUGAAGGCAGCGCUGCUGCCAGCAGCAGUGCAGAGCUGCAGCCGCCACGGCCAGUCACGGAGCCGGAUCUAUGCACUUGACCUGCAAGAGCAGGCUGGGAAAUGCCUCCAAGAGCUGCAAGGAACCUACAGUCUCUAG